AUGCUGUCUGUCGCCUUCGCCGAGCUCUGGCCGUUGGAUCCCUUGGAUGGGGAGAACGAGGCCUUUUGGUUGGCUCUGGCCGAGGCGGCCGCCGCCAAGUCUUUGGCUGGCCAGCUGAGCGCCGCAGAUGCGGCCAACUGCGGGGUGGCCUUUGCAGCCACUCAGCUGCCAGCGGAGCAGUUGACGGCGGCCUUGCAGCUGUCGAAGUAUGCAGAGGAUGUGGAUCUCUCCCCUCAGACGUGUUGCGCCCUGCUGCUGACGCACGGCUACGCGGGCCUAUGGGCGCCGCGGUUCCUGGAGGCAAUGACCAAGCAGAUACCUGACCUGCUAUGGCAAGCGACUGAUAGCAUCGUCUGUCGCUGGGCCCUGGCCACUUACCUCUCCGGCGGCCGCCUCAGCGAGCCUCUCCGGGAGGCCGUGGCGUCGCAUGUGCUGCGCCAGGCGAAGGCCCUCGAGGCUGGUGACGAAUCGGAUGAAGCGUCUUUGAUUGCUUCGUGUCAGGGUGCGGCCGCCCUACUGGUGCCCGAGAUGAGUACAGGUGCUGAAGCGCCAAGAGACGGCUCUUUCUGGUUGGAGGUCACAGGUCCCUCCAGCGCCAUCUUCCACUGCGCCAGAGCGACAGAUGCUGACAGCCGCGCGGCAGGCGCACAGCUGGCACGGCAACUGGUGCAGGUGAAACCGCGCUUGGGGCGCCUGCUACAGCGCCUCUCCGAGAACACCAACGCCCAGAGCGCCCAAAGUGGCGCCAGGUUGGCGGGGCUUUCUGCGUUGCUGCUGCCCAGCGUGAAAGCUCCGGCUGAGAAGGAGCUGCCAAAGACCCUGAGCGCCGCGCGGCGCCUCAGCGCCUUUCUCCGGCGCUUCGUCGCGCCGCGCUUUCCGGCCCCGGCCACGGCGUCCGCGGUGACGCAGUUUGGGACCGUGGUGGUGCUGCAGCCUGCGAUCGAGGCGAAGGUUUCCCGAGUGGUCUUCAUUGUGGAUGAUAGCGUCACUGCCAUGUACCCGGGAGAAGAUGAUGCAGGGCUUCGGCGACAUCCGGACGCAGAGUUGUGCGGAUACUUGCUGGCCAAGGAGGGGGUCCUCGUCCUACGGCUUUGGUUUGAUGAGGUGGGAGCGAUAUGUGCGGAGGAUGCAGGUCCGCAGGGCAAUGCUCAGCAUCCAGCAAUUACUGUUGAGAGUGCAGAGCCUCCGCCCUUCGCGAGUUGGCUGCUGGGGGUCAUACCCGAACUCGCACAGAGACUGAAAAUGGUGCAAGGGGAACCCGGUGGGGUGAUGCAAGAGAGGACGGCUGUCUUUAGCGCCAAUGGACGAGCACCGGAGCUACAUCGCAGCGAAGCGGCGUUGCGACGGCUGUUGGAGGUGGUCGAAGGUGACGUAAGAGGCGGAUCUGUUUGGGCUUUCGGGGCAGCAGAGGGGAGAGCCGCAAAAGAUGACUUAUGGCCCACACAUGGAGAUCUGAAGCGUCAAGUCGUUUGGAAAUGGUGGUGUAAUCCGAGACACUAUGCCAUCAGUGCGAAGGAUCCAAAAGGGAGAACAUCACCGUUGAGGUGA